UAAUCUAUAGAGUUUUAUUACUAAUAAAAUCAAUAACACAUACCAUUUCUUUUCAUUUAUAUUUAAAUCAAUAUCAAAUCACAUUUCAAAUCAUAUGAUCAAAACUAAAUAGAUACAUUUGUUUUCCAUAGUAUAUAAAUAUGUAGAAAACUAACAUAGUAACUAAAUUCAAUUUUAAUUAAAUUUUCAUUAUUAUUAUUAUUAUUAUACAAUCAUCAAUGAAUAUGAAAUUAUCAUUUAUAAAUCGUUCAACUCAAGUGAAUGAAAUAUUAUCAAGUUGUUUAGUUGAUGCUCAAUCAUAUACAUGUCAAACUAAUGAAAAAUUAAUUAUUAAUAAUAAUGAUAUAUUUAAUCAAAUUGAAACUUAUAAAAAUGUUACAUUUAUUGAUUUAGAUGAGAUACAAUUAACUGAUAAUAAAUUAUUAGAUAAUUUAAUUAAAGAAUCAUUUUUAUGUUCUAUAUGUCGUGGUCUAUUAGUUCGUACACGUUUAUUAUCAUGUGGUCAUCAAUUUUGUCGUGAAUGUUUAUAUUAUUGGUUUAAAAUACGUAAUACAUGUCCAUUAUGUAGAAAAUAUGUAAAUAGAAAUGUUUCUGCAAUAAAUAUUGAUAAUUUUUUAGAUGAAUUAAUUGAUCAUGGAUCUAAUGAAGCAUUAAAAUAUCAACGUAAACAACGUAAAAAUGAAAAAGCAAGUGAAUUAUUAGAUUAUAAAUAUGAUACAAAUAAUUCAAGAGAUCUAUUACAUACUGUUACAGAAACUUAUGUUCAAACUACAGCAUAUGUUGAUAGUACACAAAGUAAUGUGAUGACAAAUAGAACAACUUACUACUCAAAUAUGGAUGAAUAAAAUUGAUAAAGAAUAGGCAAUAAUCAUUAACAAUUUCACAUAAUCUUUGUUUUAUUUUUCAUCAUCUAUGGAUAAUGAAUAAAUAACUACGUAAAUAUGAAUCUCUGAGUUUGUUUUUUUGAAAACUAUGUAAAUGUUGACAUGACAACAAGUUUGUCAAUAUAUGUGCUGGUUAAUUAUGUAAAAUGUCAUUGAUUCAUAAGCUGAAGAUAAUAUAUUCUCUGAGUAAUUAUUUAAUUAUCAUUGCUGUCAAAUACAUCACAUCAUCUAAUUCAUUAUAUACAAUUUCAAUUGUAAACAAGUAAAUAAGAAAAGACAGUUUAUGUUAGGUGACUGAAGAUGACCAGCAAGAAGCUUCUUAUAUCAAAUAAUCCAUGAUUUAGAUAUAAAGUAUAUGAUAUCAAGUCAUUCACACGAGUAGUUAUAUUGCAACU